AUGGACCUUUUCAGUGUUUUGGUCAACUUUCAGGGGCGACUUUCAGACUUCAUCAUCUAUACAUUUCGAAAAAAGAUUGCAGCACCACAAUUUCGCAUAUGGUCUCCCACUACACUACUCGGUGCGGCCCUAUGCAGCUUAACUAGCGUUGAUCGGACGGGAAACAGUGCUUCCUGCAUGGUAUGGCCGCAACCAAAAGAUUUUUUAAAGGUAGAGUUAAUAAUUUAA